CAGUCUGAAACACAACAACAUGCUGUCGCUGCUUCUCCACAUGUUCACCUGCAUCUGUGUCCUCACAGCACCGGCCUGUGUGUCGCCUGUCACCACGGAGACAGUGGUGGGCAUAGCCGGGCGGAGGGUGAUGCUGCCGUGUCGGUCGGAGGCAGUGAAGCAGAGCGGUGUGGAGGUGUGCUGGGGGAGGGGGGAGCCGUCACUGUUCACCUGCCACAACAUUUUGAUCAACACGGCCGGAGACAACGUCUCAUACAGGAAGUCGUACAGGUACUCUCUGUCCUCCACCUCCUCUCUGUCCAUCUUCCCCUCUCGUCCAUCAGACUCUGGUUUCUAUCACUGCAGAGUUCAGCUGCCCGGUCUGUUCAAUGACCAAACUGCCACCAUUCUCCUCAUCAUCAUCAGCCCUCGCUCUACGGUCUCUGACGACGAGGACGCCGAGGACCUGAACGCACCACACACUGCCACCGGUGACACAAUACGAUGCCUGACAGAAGAACGACGAAGUGAUGUCACCAACCCCACAGAGCCAAUGGUGGCGCUGGUUCAGUCACAUGCUCAGCAGCCGGUGGACAGUUUGCAGACGUUCAUUGGAAACACACUGAGACUGUCCUUCAUCAUCUUCAUCCCCAUGUUGCUGCUGACUGCUGCCUACAGAGUGUGGAGGUGGAGCCAGAGACCAGAAACUGACAGGGGGCUCAACCAAUCAGAGGAGGAGGAGGGACACACCUCAGUGUAGACACAAGCAGUGUUUGUGUGGUUACCUGAGUUACCUGAGUUUUCAGGCAGGAUUCUGCAGAGAGUUGUGUUACGUCUUUGUGGUUGUUUUGUUUCUUUGUUGUGUUGUUUUGUGGUUGGUUAAAUUCACACUCUUCAUGUUCGUAUGAAUAUAUUGAAUCUUCUAUGUCUGUUGGUAAACUCAUGUAUAACAAGUAGAAACUGUGUUUUCAGUGAUUCAAACACCAGGGGGCGCUUUAAACCCUGAAAUAAAGACCAU